UCCACGUAAAAAUAUUACUUUGCCUAUAAUAUACAUAUAUAUAUAUAUAAGUGUAUAAAUAGACAUAAAUAACUGUCAGUACACGUGUGGCAAAAUAAGCCGAAAUAAAUAAUAUUUAUUUUAUUUAUUUAUUUAUUGUAAAUUACUGUACUAGGAAAAAUGAGUAAACGUACGCAGCCAGUUUGGGAAAAGCCUUCGAAUGAAAACAAGCCGACAUUAAAAUUAUUUAAUAGUUUAACGAGACAAAAAGAAGAAUUUGUACCGCAAUAUGGAAAUCGUGUUCUUUGGUACAGUUGUGGGCCGACUGUUUAUGAUGCAUCACAUAUGGGUCACGCGAGAUCAUACAUCUCUUUCGACAUCUUGCGUCGUGUCCUCUCGGACUACUUCAACUACGACGUGCUCUACGUAAUGAACAUAACUGACAUCGAUGACAAAAUAAUAAAACGCGCUCGUCAAAAUUAUUUAUUCGACUGUUAUCUAGAAAAAAAUUCAUCCAACCUCGAGCAAAUACUCCAAGACACCAACUCAGUUAUAACAAACUUGUCAUCGUCUAUCCACAACGUAACUGAUCCAGAUAAGAAAACAAUGUUGUCAUCAAUGUUGGAAAAAAUUCGCGGGUCCAUUGAAAAUUUAGAAAAUUCAAUAAAAAAAAAUUCGAAGUCGGACAUCGAAAUUUAUCAGUCCCAAUUACUGACCAACGCACGUGACGCGAUCGCGGAUUGGUUGGAUAAAAAAUUAGGCACGACAAUUUCUGAUGAAAAUCACGAAAUUUUUGAAAAAUUGUCACAGCACUGGGAGCUCAAAUUUCACGAGGACAUGGACGCGCUCAAUGUUCUAAGGCCCAAUGUGCUGACGAGGGUCAGCGAGUACGUGCCGGAAAUAAUUGAAUUUAUAAACAAAAUAAUUGACAAUGGGCUCGCGUAUGUUUCCAAUGGAUCAGUUUAUUUUGACGUCAAUAAAUUUGACUCCGACAAAAAUCAUUCGUACGCUAAAUUGGUACCAGAAGCCUUUGGGGACGUCAGCAGUUUGCAUGAAGGCGAAGGUGAUUUGAGUCUGGGUGCUGAUAAGCUUAUGGAGAAAAAGUCACCGAAUGACUUUGCGCUGUGGAAAAGUUCUAAGGCCGGAGAACCCGCUUGGCCGAGUCCUUGGGGCAAAGGAAGACCAGGUUGGCAUAUAGAGUGUUCAGUGAUGGCAAGCGCGAUCUGCGGCUCGAGCAUGGACAUUCACACUGGCGGUGUCGACUUGAAAUUCCCGCACCAUGACAAUGAAUUAGCUCAAUCAGAAGCUUAUUACAACAACGAUAACUGGGUCCGGUACUUUUUGCACUCAGGACACUUGACAAUAGCCGGCUGCAAGAUGUCUAAGUCAUUGAAAAAUUUUAUUACUAUCAAUGAGGUCCUUAAGAAACACACCGCGAGACAAUUGAGACUCGCGUUCUUACUCCACUCGUGGAAGGACACUCUUGAUUACAGUGAAGGUACCAUGGACAUGGCUGUACAGUAUGAAAAAUUUGUUAAUGAAUUUUUCUUGAACGUCAAGUGCCGUAUCCGCGAUCUUGGAGCCGGAGUAACUUUGCAAACCUUCAACAAGUGGAGUGACUUAGAAUUGGAGCUAAACUCGAAAUUUUCCCGCGCAAAAGACAACGUCCAUAAGGCACUAUGUGAUAACAUUGACACGAGGACUGUCUUAGACGUAAUUAGAGAUCUGAUUGGACACUGCAACAUUUAUGUAAAAGACGCAAAGGAUCCUAACACACUUCUCUUGAGAGACAUCGCAGUUUACGUCACUAAAAUGUUGACUAUUUUUGGAGCAAUCAAAAAACAAGAGGGCAUUGGAUUCCCUAUUGAUAAUGAAGCUCUCGAUAUUGAACAAGUAGCGAUGCCUUAUCUAGAGAUCUUAUCCACGUUCCGUGAGACAAUUCGUGAUCAUGGUAAAGAUUUAAAAUCCUCUUUGAUCCUGACCGAGUGCGACAAACUUCGCGACGAAAUUCUUCCCAACGUGGGCGUCCGACUUGAAGAUGACAUGGAUUCGGGUAGGAGUAAAAUAAAACUCGUUAAUAAAGAAGAGUUGCUUAGAGAGCGAGAACUUAAGCGCCGGAAUGAAGAAGAAAAACUUGCGGAGAAAGAGCGCAAGAAAGCUGAGAUAAAUCAAAAAGCGCUUGAGCGCGAGGAGUCUAAGAAAAUUUCUCCGAACGAAAUGUUUAGGAGUCAAACUGACAAGUACUCAAAGUUCGAUGGCUCAGGAUUGCCGACUCAUGAUAAUUUGGGAAAGGAAUUAAGCAAGGGGUUGAUUAAAAAAUUACAAAAAUUACAAAUCGCGCAGGAAAAAAAAUAUAAUGAAUAUUUAUCUAGUAAAUGAUGAUUUUUUUCUUAAUUAUUGUAACUAUUGUUUUUUUUUUUUUGAUACUGUAAU